AUGCUCAGUCUCUUUGGCUUCGGGCCGUUCAUCUACGCGAGUUGCCUUCUUCUCAACGCCAUCGCAAUCCUGUCUGAAGACCGCUUCCUCGCUCGAAUUGGCUGGGGCAAAACCUCUUUGAACGACCCUUCUGCCGGCGCUGCGUUCGGUGCUCCCGGUCAGGACCCGGAGAGCUUUCGCAGCAAAGGCAUCAACCUGAUUUCGAGUGUCCGCACGCUAUGUCGAGGUUAG